AUAUAAAUACUAGCUCUUCAUAUAGAGUUUAUUAGAUCAAACUGACUUGUUGAUUCUUCUUCCACUGGCUGUGAUGCAAAGCCAAGGUUUCUCUACCACCAUGAAACUGCUUGUUCUUCUUUCCUGCAUUCUGGCUGUGGCAGUUGCUGUCCCAGUUCGUAGGUCAGCAAGCUCCAGUGAAGAGCGUCGUCGUCCGCCGCCCAUGAUGCCUCCUCAGCCAGUGUACCCACAGUUUCCACCUCAGUUUCCAUUUCAGUUUCCUCCUCAACAAAAUGUUCCUCCACAGAUGAUACCUAUUCCAGUUCCCUAUGAUCCAGCUCAGAAUGCUACUGGUGGUUUCCCACUCCCGCCACUUCCUGUAAAUCCUGCAGUUCCUUUUCCGGGGCCUUUUCCUGGAUUUCCUUUUCCGGGUACUUUUCCUGGAUAUCCUUUUCCGGGCUUCCCACCAGUUGUAGGGAAGUAACAUCUCAGCAGAUACACCCUCUUGGUAAUGGAACCAAAUCUGAAAGAUGUCUUUCAAGCCAGCCUGCCUCCCUUUAACUCUUCUGCUGCAGUCUUCAAGACCCAUGUGAACAUAUCUUGAAUGACCCUUUUGGAAACUCCAUAUGACUGAAAAGAAUUUUGAUUCAUGUUGACAGUAUAAAACACUUGUAAUUGCUGAUACAUAAUUCACCUAAAGCAAUGUAAUAGCAUCAAUUUAUCAACUACAUUAUAUUUGGAACAUUAAGGAUAGAUGACUUAAGGCAAUCCUGUAUUCCUUAUGGAGUAACCUUUGAUUAACAUCAGCAUGGAAUAUCUUAUAAUUUCCUAUCACUUAACCUCCUACAACAUGAUUUCCCUCCACAGGAAAUAUAGACAUAAAUGCAUAGGUUCCAGGCUUACUGAUCAUAGAUCAAUUGUCUCACUAAUCAAAUUAGAAUUUAACACCUAUUUCAUUCCUUGCUGGAAAUCAUUGCUUUUUUCCUUUUAACAACUGCAUAAA